AUAAAAACUAUCAAUUGUCUCACAUCUAACCAUUCAUUUGCUGUUCCCAUAGCCUGUUCCUCAGCCUAUGAUUCAAAGCAGAAUUCGAGUGAAUACUUCGCCUGUUCUGUCGGAUGCAACAGCACUACUGUCCGCACCGAUACGUCUGGACAUGCAAUCAAUAGCCACGACAACAGCAAACCUAAAGUGCAAUUCGAUGGUACGGAUGAGGAGGAAGUGAUAGGCGAUGCCAUUAGUGAUAGCAGCGAUCGUAAUAGAAAUCAAUUAUAUAUAUCUCCCAUCAAUUUGUUGCAAUCGCUGUUCUCAUCGGUGGUGAGUCGGGUGUCGGGACCGGUCGUCGUCGAGCGCUCGUCGAUGUCUGUGUUCUUCAGUCGCAACAGCGAAGGGCUCUCCAAACUAGUGGUCGUUCAGUCGGAGCCAGAAGUAGUCGUUCAUCAAUACCCAGACCUCAUGCAAGCGAACGACUAUGAAAGCGAAUCCGUGACGGGAAGUGAAGAACACAUGACAACAGACAACAAUCGGCCGAAACUGGAUCUCUCCAUUUGGACACAAGACAACCCAUUGGAUGAUGCGGUCAAUAGCAGACCAAUGGGCAAGAGUUGGUCCAAUUGUUUUCCAUAUGAGUCGGGAGUCCCGCGUUGGGUAUUGGCGUCGGUCCUCUUCUUAGCCAUCUUUGUGUUGGUCUGGAUUUGUUGCGCCACCACUACUACAGCACCCGAACAACAUAUCAGAGCCAGAAAGUUAGUUCCCAACAGUAAACGAAUGAAUUAA